AUGGCGGUGCGGGAAACAUUCAGAAGAUGUGUGUGGCUGCUGUCAUGGGUUCCUGUUACUAUUCUCAUUUUGGUGAUCUUGUGGUCUUAUUACGCGUACGUGGUUCAGCUCUGCUUCAUCACCCUGACAGGCACAGUAAGAAAAGUGAUACACCUCCUGAUGUUCCAUGUUUGUUUUGGGAUGUUCUCCUGGGCUUUCUGGAGGUCCGCAUUCACGGCUCCAUCUCCACCUUCACAAGAGUUCCAGCUGUCUCUGAUGGACAGACAGCGCUAUGAGGAGCAGGACACGCCAGAGGCCCAGAGGCAGAUCCUGCUGGAGAUCUCCGAGAAGCUGCCAGUACACUCACGCUCCGCCUCAGGAGCUAUCAGGUUUUGUCGCCAUUGCCAGUUGAUUAAACCAGACCGCUGCCAUCACUGUUCGGCUUGCCAAACGUGCGUGCUAAAGAUGGACCAUCAUUGUCCUUGGUUGAACAACUGCGUGGGGUUCUCCAACUACAAGUUUUUUCUGCUCUUCCUGCUCUUCUCCCUGCUCUAUUGUCUGUUCAUCGUGGCCACGGUGGCGCCAUACUUCUUCAAGUUCUGGCUGGGUCAGUUUCUGAACUACUCGUCGGUGAGGCUGCAUGUGCUCUUCCUGAUGCUGGUGUCUCUGAUGUUUGCCUUCACGCUCAGCUUCCUGCUGGCCUUCCACUGCUGGCUGGUCUUCAAGAACAGGACCACUCUUGAGUGGUUAUCUGCGCCCUUCUUCCCCCACGGCCCUGACAGAGGAGCGUUUGAUGUGGGCCUGAAGCAGAAUGUGCUGCAGGUGUUUGGAUCCCAGAGGACAUUUUGGCUGCUGCCUAUCUUCAGCAGUGAUGGCGAUGGCCAGAUCUUUCCUCUGAGGUGGAAGCCUUUGGGCGCGAACCUUCAAUCCGUACAUUUAACUGGAUUAGCAGAUGAGCCAGAUAUGCAGAUGGGAAAGCCUCCUCCUACGGACCACACAGAGUGGCUCUGGGACAUCCAUCGCUUUGAGAGCAGAUCGCAUCUCCACUUGGAAGCUGAACUCUGAAGAAGCCAUACGUGUAUGACAGGCAAGCUGGAGCUAAGUUCAGUAACAUGAUGAAGAAUGUUCCUAAGGAAAAGUAGACCCUGCCUUAACCCUGUAAUUGUCUAGGAGCCAAAACAGAGACCAAACUUUCUUUAAAAAAAAAAAAAAGUAAUUAUUGCUAAAUUGGGCAUGUUCUCAUGUCAACAUAUUUGUAUUGCCAUUUCCAGGCUGACAAACAUCUCAUGAAUGACUGUAAAUUGAAAGCCAUGUACUAUACUAUAGAUCAGCUCUCUCUUAAACCCUGUUUACACGUACAUGGAUAUUUUUGCAAAUACAUCCAUUUGGGCCUUUUGCUUGUAUGUAGAUGGAGUCCUAACUCCCGUUUUAAGUGAAGAUUUCUAAAACCCACCUGUCACAAUGGUGUUUUAAUCCACAUGCCAGUUUAUAUGUAAACAGAUAAAAACUUUUUAAAAAAAUCUCCAUCCGUGUAAUCAAGGCCUUAGUUCUGUCACACAUUUUCAACAUCAACCAUGGAUUUGUUCGUUACAUAAAGUAAAUAGAAAACCUGUUAAUAAAAAACCCACAAAAUACAAUUUAUUUUA